UUCCUCCUCUCUCUCUCUCUCUCUUACUCUCACUCUAUCUCUCUCUCUCUCUCUUCCUCCGUGGGAGUCUUUUGAUGGGAAGAUGAUGAACAGGUCCAACUCUGCUGAGGCUUUUGUCCCUUCCAUGGUGUCCUUUGCUGGGCUGGAAGGCAACAACCAAAAGCGCCACCUUUGGGACUGGGCGACGGCCUCCCACAACCUCAACGCCGCUGUUCCCACCACCAACCACGAAGCUAUCGACCUCCAAAGCCGCCCAAUCUUCCCUCCUGCUCCCGCCCUGGAUUGCCCGCCUCCUCUCUUCCCCAUGAACCACUUCGCCUUCUGUCCACCUCCGCCCGUGCCGGAUUUCCCGGUGGCGCUCAUCAAGACGGAGGAUGGCAUCGACAGCGGAGGCCGAAUCGGUCUAAAUUUGGGCCAAAGGACCUACUUUUCGUCCGGGGACGGCCUCGAGAUGGACCACCUGUUCGCGAGGUCGAGAGGCGUGUAUUCGCUGAGCCACCAGCCGCCGCGGUGCCAGGCCGAGGGGUGCAAAGCCGAUCUCUCCGGCGCGAAGCACUACCACCGCCGACACAAGGUGUGCGAGUUCCACUCCAAGGCCACCGUCGUCAUCGCCCAUGGACUGCAGCAGCGGUUCUGCCAGCAAUGCAGCAGGUUCCAUGCGCUGGCAGAGUUUGAUGAAGCCAAAAGGAGCUGCAGGAAGCGCCUGGCCGACCACAACCGCAGGAGGAGGAAGCCUCAGCUCGCAACAGGAAUAGCAGAGUCCUCAGCCUCCGUGAUUCCCACAGCCAACUCCAAUAUUGAGAAGACCAAACAGGCUCAAGACAUCACACCAACCAAGUCCAUAACUCCUGUUUAUCUCACUGGUAUUAGUACCAAAAGGAGUGGUCAUUUGAGGAAUGAACCAGCUUUAUCUAUAAGAGGAGUUGGGGCAGAUGAAAGAAGAGGCAUGGAUUCUAACACCAUGUACCAAAGUCAAGGAACCUUAGGUGCAAUGUUGGAGGACAAGUUCCCACAGCAGCAGCACAUCUUCUCCCUCUCAGAAUCCAGCGGCACAUUCUUCCACCACCACAAUCCCCCCUUGAGUUCCGAUUCUAAUGAGGCCACCCAGUCCACAGGAGGUUGUUCAAGCCACAGCACCCACCUUCAGCAAGCCAAUCUCCUCCACCUUGGACAAGCCAUGUUUGAACUGGACUUCAUGUGAGAGGAGGCAGACUCUAAUGAAUGGAUCAGCAAUUGCUAGCUCUGAUGCAGCAAGAAGGAUUUUAUUCUUUCUGAUCUCUUCUUCUCUAUCUUCAGUUGGUUCCUUUGCAGAAAAUUUGUGUAGGAUGUGCUCAGAUCCCCCUCCCCUC